AUGCCGAAAAAUAAGGGUAAGGGUGGUAAAAAUCGCCGGCGAGGUAAAAAUGAAAAUGAUGAUAUUAAACGUGAAUUAAUAAUGAAAGAAGAAGGACAAUCGUACGCUCAAGUCACACGUAUAUUAGGUAAUGGACAUUUGGAAGCAUUUUGUUUCGAUAUGAAUACGGGUGGUAAAAAACGUUUAUGUCAUAUACGUGGUAAACUAAGAAAGAAAGUUUGGAUAAAUCAAGGUGAUAUUAUAUUAGUUGGUCUACGAGAUUAUCAAGAUGAUAAAGCAGAUGUUAUUAUGAAAUAUUUAGCGGAUGAAGCAAGAGAAUUAAAACGAGUUAAAGAAAUACCUGAUAAUAUUAAUAUUACAGAAACAAGUACGUUUACAACAGAUGGUUUAGAAGAAGUUGUCUUUGAUGAACGUUAUAAUGGUGAAGGAUCGAGUGUAGAAGAUCCAGAUAGUGGACCAGAUGAUGACUUAGAUGGAGAUGAGGAUGAUCAAUCAGGAGCUUUUCCAAAAAGUGGUAAUCUUAAUCAACGUAAUUUAAUCGCGAAAAAAGAUACUGGCAAAGGUGCCAAAAAUAAUAGACGUCAACAAAAAAUCAGUGAUAGUGAAUCAGGUGAAGAUGACGAGUUGGGGCAUAUCUAG